CAUCUUGACAACGGAAAUCGGUUAUCAACAGCGAUCUUUUAUCGAUUGACGUGUAUUAUUUUGUUGUUUAUAUCAUUCUAUAAAUCAUUGAAGACAUAUAGAAUGGGUAACUGCCCGUGCACCCCUAAACGCACAAGAAAUGUAAAUGUGGUGGUGGAAGAAUCGGCUGAGGAGAUGGAACGCCGGCGAGAACGGUGCCGGCGAGAACGGCGCCGGCAACUUAUUACCGACCUAGCGAUUUUUGCAGUGAACGAAGAUGGACUGAACAGAGUGAUGGAAAAUGGAUUUGAGGCGCUUAACUCUGAAGAGCUUACGGAAUACUAUUGGCUAAGGGACACGCAGGUGGACGAGUUCGCCGAUGACGUCAACGAGGUCGAGCUCCUCGUGCUGGGUAUAGAGGCGGCAUCCGUACAUGACUUAGGUGAUGACUACAGACCCCACGCCGCGUCUCGUGACGUUAUGCCGGUUGAGUCGUCCGCGUCAGCAUACUUAGAAGUGCUCCAAAUUCAAUCCGUUAUCGAUCGCUUCAAUCGAGUAACCACGUUUAUCCCGUUCGCUGGCAGCCGAGAGGAUGGCUUUGCCCUUCAGCCUUUUCAUUUCGUCCCGAGGUGUUACCCCAGGGUCACGGUUACACCGAACUUCGAUGACCAGAACUCCAACGACCCGGAUGUGUGGGUUGUAAUAGUAAUGAGAGAAAUGAUGAUCCGGUCGGUCGCUUUUGACAAUAGUGAGUCCACAAGUCCAGAGUGCAGAAACGACACAGAGUCGAGUAUAAGCAGCGAAAUUUUAAGCAGCUGGGUGUCAGACGAAUCAGAUACAAGCAGCUCAACGGAUUCCGACGUGAGCUCCACUGACAGUUCGUCGUCGGAGGUCGCGACAAACACUUUCCAUGGUUUGUCGUAUGAUUAUUUUUACUUAAAUCACAGAGUGCGAAGAAGUAUUUUUAUUUUAGAGGAAAACCAAAUUUCUAACACAAACGUAGACACCAGUUUAUCUCCCUUUCCGAAUUCCUUUUCUACUUCCACAUCUUCAUUCUCCUUGAGCUUCCCUGGUGAAAGUACUUCUCGAGACACACAAUCACCCGUCGUUAAAAGUAGCACGACUGUCAAUUCGGUUGUAAAAGAAGCUCACGUUCAAGAAGAACUUCAAAGUGCAUCCAAUGCCGGCACUAAGGUAGAACGCCCAUUUCAUAGUGAAGAUAAUGAUGAAAAGUCGGCAAACGUUAAAUAUUCCAAAUAUGAUUUUGAUGAGAUGGCCGUCGACAACAGCUGCGCCUGGUUUUGGUGUAAAACACACAAAGACGAAGCUAUUACUGUUAAAAUCGUUGAAAACCCGAAAUAUGUCCGCAGAAUCAAUAAAGAAGUAACACAAAAUGCAACAGCUCCGGUUUUUGAGCGUGAUCCUCACCUGCCGAACACAACAUGUGUUGAAAGCAACAAGAGUAAAGAAAUUGAGAGUGAUGCAGACGCGCUGUCGGAUGGUCGGGACACCAGUCCAUCCCCUUUUCGGAAUUCCUUUUGCACAUCCACAUCUUCAUACUCUUUGUGCUACCCUGAUGAACGUGAUUCUCGAGAAACGCAGUCUCCCGUCGUUAAAAAUAACACGACUGUCACUUCGUUUGUAAAAGAAGCUCACGUACAAUCAGAAUUUCAAAAUGACACUCAAGAGGAACCUCCCUUUCACAAUGAAGAUAAUGAUGAAACGUCAGAAAACGUUGAAAAUUGCAAGGGGGAUGUUGAUGAGAUUUAUUAUGAUGAUAAAGCGACAAACGUUCAAUAUUCCAAAUAUGAUUUUGAAGAUAUGGCCGUCGACAACAGCUGCGCCUGGUUUUGGUGUAAAACGCACAAAGACGAGGCUAUUACUGUUAAAAUCGUUGAAAACCCGAAAUAUGUCCGCAAAAUCAAUAAAGAAGAAACACAAAAUGCAGAAGCUGCAGUUUUUGAACGUGAUUCUCACACGUUGAACACAACACGGGUUGAAAUCUGCAAGAGUCACGAAAUUGAGAGUGUUGCAGACGCGUUGCCGGAUGUUCAAGUGGAAGAGGGCAAACAGUCAAAAAUCGCAAAAUUGUUGAGAAGAUUUUUUAGACGAAAAUAAUGAUAAGAAAGUAAAAAAAUAAAAAGCAACUUAACUGUUUAGAAGAUUUUUUAGAAGAAAAAAAAGAAAUCAAAAUAAAUAUAGCAGUUUUAAUAGAUUAAUAUUUUUCAGUUUUGGUGAUGGUGUUGCGACUUGAUUGUGAUUGUUUUUUCCAUAUUUGUAUUCGUUCAAAGCGUUAAUACAUAGCUGUUUAGUGACAAACCACUAUAUGAAUAACAUUUUACCAGUGGCUUGAAAAAAAAACACGUUUGUUUUCAUAAAAUGAACAAUCAGGAACUAGGGUAAAAGUGCGAACAGUACAUCGCAAAAGCUAGAGUAUGAUACUCUUGGAUUAGCGACAUGCUUGAUCGGGAUUUCACUUUGGUGUGUGAUAUCCAAACCAAUCCCGGACCACCAGACCAAAUUACUUUACGGUGGAAUCAUAAAUCAAGAAACAGAAAACCGUAGGCUAGAUGCGCAGGACAUUCAUUCCCCUGGCCCAUCUCCCGACCAUGGAAAAGACACCUUCCCGUGCACCGCCGGACCCCCAGGAAAAGUUACCUAGCAACAGAGCAGCUCAAUACAUAUUUGAGACACACGAUCCCAUCCAAUACGAUGAAUUUUAAUCUUUCCUUUGAGUUGUGAUCGCCAAGAGGUUGAUAUAGAUUAAAUUAACGGGCAUACGCCAUAAUAAUUCAACAUUAUGGUUCGGUGGUCUGAAGAUGAGCAGAGGCGAAUUUCAACGCACAGAACGCCCAUAGCUAUUCGGCAGCUGUGAGCCAAUGGCUGUAAUUCCUUCUACACGGAUGGGGAUCAUCGAGUUGUCGAUAAAGAGAGAGCAACAAUACAUACAGAUGAAUGUUGAUGAAACAACGAUGCUAAUGGUGACAUCCGAAGACAAUGAACUGACUUAAUGAUAGACACGAAACAAACUGCUGAAAGAAAUAGUGGUUGUUUAAAUUGUUGUGUUUUUAUUAAACAUACUUAAUAAACUUAAUAUUUUCA